GGUGUCUCCGCGCCGAGCCGUGCCGUGCCGCUCCGCGCUGUGCCGUGCCGCGCCGUGCCGUGCCGUGCCGUGCCGUGGGUGCCGUCACUCAGCGCUUCCAGCAUGCUCCUAAGAUGGCGGUAGCGGCGGCGGGCGGCGGCGGGGGCGGCCGGGCGCAGCGCAGCGGCUGGCUGGAAGUUUUGGUGCGGGAGCGGUGGCACAAAGUGUUGGCCAACUUGGGCGGCGAGGCGCUGGUGCUGAGCGGCGAGGAGCGCCCCGACGGCGCGGCCCACAACGGCCUGGGAGGAGAUGGGUCGGCGUGCCGGGGGGCCGAAGGCGGCGGGGGGGCGGCAGCGGUGCGCACCGCCUUCACAGACCCCCCCGAGCAGGUGCCCGAGGCCGUCUCCAACAAGAAGCGGUGCGUGAAGGUGCUGAAGCAGGAGAUGGGCGGGCUGGGCAUCAGCAUCAAGGGGGGCAAGGAGAACAAGAUGCCCAUCCUCAUCAGCAAGAUCUUCAAGGGGCUGGCGGCGGACCAGACCCAGGCCCUCUAUGUGGGUGAUGCCAUCCUGGCCGUCAACGGCACCGACCUACGGGAUGCCACCCACGACGAGGCGGUGCAGGCUCUCAAGCGGGCCGGCAAGGAGGUGCUGCUGGAAGUGAAUACAUGAGAGAAGCAACACCCUAUGUGAAGAAAGGGCCUUCUCCUGUUUCAGAAAAUUGGGUGGAGAGACGACAGCCUCCCCCAGAGUCCCCUCCCCGCCUUCGGGCUGUGCCCUACCC